AUGGCUCUGUGUGCUUUUUACGCAGUUUGGUGUUUAUUGCCAGAAGUGGCAGUAGCAUUUGGCCCAGUUGUGAGGAUCACAUGGGAACACAGAGAGGUCCAGCUAAUACAUUUUCAUGAAUCAGGAGUGUCAAACUAUUCAACCUUGCUGUUAAGUGAAGACAAAGAUGUUCUGUAUGUAGGAGCCAGAGAAGUGAUCUUUGCAUUAAACGCAGCGAAUAUUGCUGAAAAGCAGCACGAGUUACACUGGAAGGUCACUGAAGAUAAAAGGACUAAGUGUGCAGUUAAGGGUAAAUCAGAACAGACAGAGUGUCGUAAUUAUGUGCGUGUCUUGCAACAACUGAACUAUACUUUUCUCUAUGUGUGUGGAACUAAUGCCUUUCAGCCAACAUGUGAUUACCUGAAUUUAAUUUCAUUUGAACUUGAAGGUAAAAAUGAAGAUGGUAAGGGCAGAUGUCCAUUUGAUCCUGCUCAAAGCUACACAUCUGUUAUGGUUGAUGAGGAGCUUUAUUCUGGGACUUCUUAUAACUUCUUGGGAAGUGAACCUAUCAUUUCACGGCACUCUCAUCAGAGCCCUCUGAGAACAGAGUAUGCUAUACCUUGGCUUAAUGAGCCCAAUUUUGUUUUUGCUGAUGUGAUAAGAGAAGAUCAAAACAGCACAGAUGGAGAUGAUGACAAAAUCUACUUCUUUUUCACCGAGGUGUCUGUGGAGUAUGAAUUUGUUGGAAAAUUGAUGAUUCCAAGAAUAGCUAGAGUGUGCAAGAGGGACCAAGGAGGAUUAAGGACCUUGCAGAAAAAAUGGACUUCCUUUCUCAAGGCCAGAUUGAUUUGUACCAUCCCUGAUAAGAAUUUAAUUUUCAAUAUUAUCAAUGAUGUUUUUAUUCUCAAGUCUCCUACUUUGAAGGAACCGGUGAUAUAUGGAGUCUUCACCCCUCAACUGAAUAAUGUGGGGCUGUCCGCGGUGUGUGCAUACAAUCUGUCUACUGUAGAAGAGGUUUUCUCAAAAGGAAAAUAUAUGCAGAGUGCUACAGUAGAACAGUCUCAUACAAAAUGGGUACGAUACAAUGGGGAAAUUCCUAAUCCUCGACCUGGUGCGUGUAUAAACAAUGAAGCCAGAGCAUCAAACUACAUGAGUUCUCUGAAUUUGCCAGAUAAAACAUUGCAGUUUGUUAAAGAUCAUCCUUUAAUGGAUGACUCAGUGACUCCAAUAGGAGACAGACCUCGACUGGUAAAACGAGAUGUGAAGUAUACCCAGAUUGUGGUAGACAGAGUGAGAGCACUUAAUGGCACCAUAUACGAUGUUAUGUUCAUCAGUACAGAUCGAGGAGCCGUGCACAAAGCUAUCAGCUAUGAAAAUGGAAUGCAUAUUAUUGAAGAAACACAGCUUUUUCCAAACUCUGAGCCUGUACAAACUCUCUUGCUUUCAUCCAAAAAA